CAUUGAAAGUCGGCCGCAGAAGCGAGAAAUUCUUGAUAAGUGCAAAAAGGGAAUUCAAUUCUCAAAAGAAGUCUUAUCUUCUUUUGCUCUUUAGAUGCCUUUACAUAAAUGCGGAUCAGUACGUUUUAUUUCCGCGCUUGCAGUGGUUGUGCGAUAAUAAAAUGUUUGGGCUUAAAAAAAUAUUUGUGUACUUAUUUGUUGCCUGCAAUCUGGUUGGAUCACGAGUGGAAUGCACAGAAAAUUCCCGAUCCGUGUGCCUGCUGCAAGAUCCGCCAAAUCAGUGCGGAGAAUUCUGCCUUGCGGUACUUCAACCGCUAUUGGAUCACAUCGUGACGCACCAGGAGCAAUGGAACAGCUCCGAGGCCCUCAGGCUGAACGAAACACAGGCCAAAUUGGACAGGAUACAGACCCAACUGGCGGCACAAACUCUAUCCUUGGAGGAAUCCGCGCAGAAAGUUCCAGGAGACAUCAAGGAGAGACUGGACAGAAUGGAACUUCUGCAGACGACAUUGCAGGAAUCUCUAAAGAAAAUGCCAGCUGAACUUGACGCGAGGCUAAUGAGAAUGGAAAAUAAGCAAAAAACCAUCGGCGAUCAGUUGGAAAAUCAGAUCAAUCUCACCAAGGGUCAGCAGGAUCAGUUGGAAUCCCUAAAGAACGCCGUGCCCAUAAACUUCGAAGUGAGGCUGGCUCAGAUCGAAGAACAGCAGAAGUUACUUCAGGAAACUCUAAAGAAGAUCCCACAGGAAUUUGAGCAGAAAUUGCAAAAGUUGGAGCAGAAUCAGAAGGUUGAGCUGACCAAGUUGGGAGCUCAGCAGUCCGCCAACCAAGUCACUCUCAUGGGAAUUUAUUCAAAGGUCUUCUGGCCGAAUUUUGAGCGAAUCGGCUCCAGACUCUUCUACAUAAACCACAAAGACACCUUCAACUGGCAAUCCGCUGUAGACUUCUGUCGCGGCAUGGGUGGCUAUAUAGCCGCCAUCAAGGAUCAAGAGGAGCUGGACGCCAUUUCGGCGCGACUGGACGACAAGAGCUACUGGCUGGGCAUAAACGACAUGCACAGCAGGAACACCUACGUAUCCGAGGCAUCCGGCAGGGAAGUUGAGUUCUUGAAUUGGAAUGCGGGCGAACCCAACCACGGCCAUGAAGAUGAGAACUGCGUGGAGCUGAUCAAGAGCAAAAUGAACGAUGAUCCGUGCCAGAGAAAGAAGCAUGUUAUUUGUCAAACCGACAGAGAUGUUUAGGUGAAAACACUGUCUUUGCAUAUUCGAAAUAAAUAAAUAAAUACAGAUACUUA